CAUGGAGGGAUAGGAGUCAGUUGCUUCUUCGAGAGAAUUUUGCCCGCAAUUUGGCUCCAUUUUACCAUUUCCUGAAAAAGGAACAGUAGUUAUGAAACGCAAGACAUGUCCUUACAAAGUAAAUGCAAAAACUGCAUUACAUGGUGUGGUCUAUCAUUCAUACCUGGGUCUCAACUCUCGCAAGAAUGCUGAAGGUCGUCAGGAGGUCGUCAGCCAGAAAGACCUAGGACAACUGAUUGACAGUGCAUGUGCCAGGUGCGGUCACGAUGGACUUCAUUUCUACACCAGACGAACACGAUCAGCUGAUGGACAAACCGUCUUCUAUUUCUGCCCAUCAUGCAAGCAUCAAGAGAUUGAG